AUGCCAAAACUUGCAAAUUCGCCUGCCGCGCACGAUAGGCCAGCCAAUCAGGUGCACAGCCACACCCCUGCAGACCUCUCUCCGCAUGAAUUCGACGAUUGCCUGAGCGCUAUUCCUUUGAUCCCUGUAUCGGAUCCUGCCCCCAACAAUAUCCUGGCAUUAGGUCCGACCUCAUCCUUUCGCAAUGUAUCGGCGUGCCAUCGUUGUCGGUUACGCAAACACCGCUGUGAUCAACAGCUCCCACAGUGUCAGCCCUGUGAAAAGGCAGGACUUCGUUGUGUAGGAUACGAUCUGAUCACCAAGCAAGAGAUCCCUCGCAGCUAUGUGUACUUUCUCGAACAUCGUGUCAACUACCUGGAAAAGGUGCUAGUAGACCACAAUAUCAGCUUCAAGCCAGCAGUUGCUUAUGACGAAGAUGAAAUUGAGGGGAGCGGGUGCUCUUUCGAUGUGGUGUUCUCGCAAAACAAUCCAGGCAGCUCGAUGGCCGGCACUGCAUUGGAGAAAUCUGAGCGGGUGCCACGAUCUGGAAGUGUAAGGAGUCUCGGCAAGAGGGAAAGGAGUAUGGAUGCCGUGCGCAAGCCAGGGGGAAAUUCUGCUUGUCACGACAGCAGGGGAAAUGGAUUGCAAACUGGGACUGAUGAAGCCAAAAUUAUUCGUGAUUCGUUCUUUGGCCUUCAGGCAGGAAAAUCAGGUAGAGCCUGCACCUCGCUCCCCGAGCGAGAUAUAGCAAACGAACUGGUGGACGUGUAUUUCGAAUAUGUGAACCCGCACAUGCCAGUACUGCACCGAGACGAUUUCAUGACUCUGCUUCACGAUGUAUACUCUACUCGUGAGGAUUUCUCGCCCUACAGUCUUUUCUUUAUAUACAUCGUGUACGCAAUAGGCUCUGGCGUUGUUCAUGAUACCAGAACGCCUUUAGCAGAGAAGAAUCUUCGUGGUUGGCGGUUGUCUUCUGGAUUUGGUGACAGAAAGCGACAAAAGGUAUCGGAACAAGAAUACAAGCCAGAAGAGUAUUACUCUUCCGCUAUGUUUCAUCUGGAGGUUUCAUUGGGUUCUCAAUGCCAAAAAGGCGAAGUUGGUAGACUUCAAGAGUUACAGGCUGUGUUACUGCUCGCCAGCUUUGCUUUAGUCAGGCCAGGCGUUCCGAGCUUAGGAUAUAUUGCCAGAGUGGCAGUUGACUUGGCCGUGGAUCUUGGUUUCCAAAAUGAGAACGGCUCGAGCAGAGGGGCUACGCAUGACACCCAUCUUAGCGGCCAACCCUCCCACAAGGACAGAACAGCCCACUCCGACUGUAAUCUCGACUUACGACGACGUCUGUGGUGGUGCGUGUACAGCCUUGACCGUCUUAUUACUCCGUAUACUGGACGACCAUUUAGCAUUCCGGAUCAGAUUAUCACGACCGAUUUCCCUUCUUGUUUUGACGACAAGUAUAUCUCCAAAUCGGGAUUAAUAUCUCCACCAGACAAUUUGCCGAGCUACAAACUUGUCGCUUGCCAUUUUUUCAAGCUCAGAAAACUUCAAUCGGAGAUUCACGAUGUCUUCUACCACGAGCGCACCAUAUGCCAGGCGUCUCUCAGUUCUGCCGGUGAGAAAAGGCACUCUCUGUUUCUUCGUGGAUUUGAGUCGCUUGCUUCCUGGCAAAAAAAUAUGCUUCGGCGUCUUAAUCACUGGAGAAUCUCCGUACCAUCAGCAGAGGCUACGGGUGUCCGAUUUCCUAUUCUUUACAUGGAGCUUGACUAUUGGAAUAGCAUUAUCAUGCUUUAUCGACGGAAUUUCGUGGAUCCGAAUGAGCUUUUGAAAUCCUCCAAUUCGACCAGUUCUCGACUCAGGAGACAGCAAUUCUGUGGAAAGAAUGAAGAUGAACAUCGAAUCUGCUUAGCGGUAGCCGAGGCCGGUCAGAAUGUUCUUCACAUACAUCGUAUCAUGCGCCAAGGUCGCUUCGCCUACUUUACGUAUUUGGCAUCGCAAAGCAUUUUCCAAGCUAGUAAGUGCCUGUCAACUGAUAUUGUUCCAUUGAUCCGUAAUAGCUUACAUUUAUCUAGGCAGUCUUUUCCUCUUUGCAAUUUGGCAUUCACCACAGGUUCGCAGAAAAUACGUAUGUGUCUCUAG